UCCCUCAGACUGCGUGCGGCCGUUGCUGGAGCAGUACGGCUAGCGGUUGGAUGGCGCGGGACGGAGUGGGGCGGGCAGCGGCCCUGUGCCUGGCGCUGCGGCUACUGCUGGGUCUUGGACUCGGCCUAGAGGCCGUCCCGGCCCCGGCCCCGGCCCCGACCCAAGUCCGUGUCUCGGGCUCCAGAGCUGACUCGUGCCCGACAGACAACUUCCAGUGUAUUACAAGUGGCUACUGUGUGCCCCUCUCCUGGCGCUGCGAUGGGGACCCAGACUGCUCUGAUGGCAGUGACGAGGAGGAGUGUAGGAUUGAGCCAUGUGCUCAGAAAGGGCAGUGCCAACCACUGGCUACCCGUCCUUGUUCCUGUGAUGACAUCAGUGGUUGCCCUGCUGACUCUGACAAGAAUCUUCUCAACUGCAUCCUCCAGCCCUGUCAGGAGGGCAAACUACGUUGCAUUCUGGGUGAUGUCUGUAUCCCACACACAUGGCGCUGUGAUGGCCACCCAGACUGUCCUGACUCCAGUGAUGAGCUCAGCUGUGACACCAACACAGAAACUGACAAGAUCUCCCCGGAGAGUAACACCACAGCUACAAGGACUCCUGUGACCCUGGAGAAUGAGACCUCUCUCAGGAAUGCAACAGUUGCCUCUGCUGGGGACCCUUCCCGAAACCCAAAUGCCUAUGGGGUUAUUGCAGCUGCUGGGGUGUUGAGUGCCGUCCUGGUUUCUGCCACCCUCCUCAUAUUGUUACGACUCCGAGGUCAGGGUUGCCUGUCCCCGCCAGGGCUGUUGGUGGCUGUGAAGGAGUCUCUGCUGCUGUCAGAAAGGAAAACCUCACUGAUCUGAGGACACGUGGUCACCACCUGGCCCUGAGUGCAGUCAGACUGGGGAAAGCCACAGUGGGACACGCAGGCAGCUGCUGGCUUCUUGAGACCUGGGCUCUUGGCCACAGAGACUUUGGUUUUAAGCUCCUACACACAUGGUUCUAGAGACUUGGGGUCCUCAGAUAUUCCACUUGUAUGUGGGGCGCUUGGAUGGAGAAUUGCCAUAGCCAGGACUGAGGGCCGGCCCCAGGAUGCUCCCAAGAAGUGGGGCCACCCUGGCUUAGACACUCCUGCUGCUCACGUUGAUGGGUGGUGAUUAAAGUUUCUUU